AAGAAAGAAAGCCCAUCCACAUCAAUCUAUAUUAUAUAGCUCCCUAAAUCUUGCUUUGGCUUCAAGAAUUUUAACUAAAACUCUCUUUUGUUUCAUUCCCUUCACCUCUCUCUCCACCAUGGAAAUCUCAAUCUUCUCCAUCUUCUUCUUCUUCUUCUUCCUCAUCUCUCCCAUUUCCAUUAAAGCCCAAUUUCCUUCUUCAAAAACUCAUUGCAACCAUGGCUGUCCCAAAAUCCAAUUUCCUUUUGAUUUCAACAUUUCUUGCUCAUCAAACACUACAAGAAUUCACUUCAAAACCUAUGAUUCUCUUUCGAUCAAAUCCAUUUCCUAUGAUCAAAAAAGACUUGAUCUUGUUGACCUCAACCGUUGCGUCCACGCUGCUUUCCUCAAACUAAACCUCGACCUCACCCCGUUUCGAUACUUCUAUGUCGUUAAAGAUUACUGGUACCUUAACUGCACGACGAGAUUGGUAUCGACAUCUUCAACGCCGAUACCAUGCCUGAGUCGAGACGGGGAGUACUAUGUCUAUGCUGUGAGGCCACCAUUAAUGGGAAGUACACCAAGAUCUUGCAAGGAAAUCAAGAGAGUAAAGAUCCCAUUUGAGUAUAGUCCUUAUCUUGAUGAUGGUUCUUUUGGACUUUCCUUAACUUGGGGUUUUGAUGAUCACACUAAAACAAAGUCCCAAAUAAGGUGUUUCUUUAAAGCAACAAAUUUUCAAGUGGUUGGCAUUAGCUUGCUUGUGGCCAUGGUGGCAAUAUUAUCAAUGGUGAUGAUGAAAAUAUAUCACUCAAAAAAUAAAAAAUAUUCAAAGGAAGAAGCUGAGAAAAAGAUGUUUGAACAUUCAUAUGAACCACUAAAAACUGGUUCGGAUGAGCCCUUAGUUUGAGCCAAUUUUGCAAUUUUUUUUUUUUUUUUGUUAAAAUACUAUUUUGGUCUCUAUACUUUAGAGCUUGUUUUAUUUUAGUUCUUAUACAAGGUUCAAAUUUAGUCCUCGUACAUUCAAUAAAUCUUAAAAUAGUCCUUACUAGUUACUAUGUUAAUUUUAUUAUUAGUACAUAAUUCUUGUAUGAUAUACUUGUAAUGACUUUUACUUGAGAUAUAUAUUAACUUUUAAAGUAUUGCUCAA